AUACUCCUCGAUGCCAUUCCGUUCGAAGCAGUGUCUACGGAGUUGGGCGGACCGAAUCUGUAUCUGUGGUUUGCGAAGUGGAUGCCAGUCCCACCCCUGUUACUUUUCUUUGGGCUCUUGAUGGUGCUAAGAUCUUAGGGAAAGAGCAAUAUGCAAGUAAUGGUACCCGGAGUAUAGCUACUAUAUCACCCAGAUCUCCUCAAGACUAUGGCCUUCUCAUGUGCUGGGCCACAAAUUCUAUUGGUCGACAAAAGGAACCAUGCACAUUUAGAAUUGUGCCAGCAGGUCCUCCCGAAGAACCCAAAAGCUGCGUUAUUUCCAACCGUACCCUGAAAUGUAUCGUUUUAGAAUGCGAAGGUGGACAAGAUGGAGGUUCACAGCAACUCUUCCAACUAGAAGUAUUUGGAACUGAUUCUGAUAAAUUCUUGGCUAAUGUCACAUCUCACGGUGCUCCUGUCUUCAAUGUCUGUUCCCUUCCUCCAAAAGAAUCCCUUGUAUUGAUUGUUUAUGCUAUAAACUCCAAAGGACGAAGCAAACAAAUUGCAAUACAUGCUAUUAGCUCCGAUUCAGAAAAUGAUGACGACUCGGGAACAUUUGUUGCUAUACUAGGUGUUGUUAUUGGAGCUGUAGCAGUCUUGCUCCUUCUUGGGCUUAUAACCAUCUUUGCCGUAAAGCUGCAGUUGAGGAGGAAAAUGUUUAAAGGAAGAACAUACCGGCCAGAUGCAGAUAAACAUGGAUGCGAAGAGUGGUUCUAUUUCAGAGCCGAUUCUCAUCUCAAAGAGUGCAAAGAACCAUGUGUUGCCAGCAGCCAAGGUCCGGAUAUUAUACCCGAAAAAAGCUUCUUUCAAGGACGUUCAGCCUCUUUGUCAAAAGUAAUCGAAGUGGAACAAGGAGUGAACCCUGCCUCAGCGCAAAGUGAUCCAAGUUCUAGAAAAUACACAGAAUACCAAUCGGUCUCUUAUCCAGAUGAUCCUACACUUCUAGCGACUCCCAGGAAGCUACGCAUCUUAAAUCAAGAAAGCAGUGAAGAAAGUGGAAUUAAUUCCAGAAAUAGAAUAGAAACGCCUCUCAUCUCAAACAUACCACCAGUACUUCAGCAAUGGCCCAGUCACAACAAAGAAGGCGUUUGUUUGUCAACACCCGUUUAAAUAUUUACUUCUAUCAACAGAAAGUAAGAUAGAGUUCCAUGUUCCCGGAGAAAGAGUUUUCCACUUUCCAUGUUUUCGUCUUGUAAGAUGCUUUCGUCCGGCAGCACUUCCAAGAUUCUACAGUAGUCGCUAAGUUAAUAAUAGCAAAUUUCAAAAAGGAAAUUUGAAACUGAAUUAACAAUCCAUAAACGCUCUUUAUGAUCCAAGAACCUUUAAAAGCGAUGCGAUUGUAACUCCAGAUGCUUCCAGAUCUAGGCGGAAUAAUAACUUUCAUCACAAUUGGCAUGGAUGAAAGGAUAUUGCAAAGGACAAAUCUCUCAUAUGACGAUCAUUAUGUGCGAUUAUUUUGUAUUUAACGUUCAAGCCAUAAAGUAUUGUUAAAGUGUGAAUAAAUAAUGGUCAGUUUCGUACGCAUUUUGAAACGAUAAUGAAGUUAAAACAACUUCUUUUCACAAACUUAAACUCAAAUUACAACUUUCUGAAACUAUGCUUUGUGUUCACUUCAUUUAUGAUUGGAAAGUUCACUGAUGAAAAAAUGAUACAGAGAAAUUUUUAUUAGGGAAUGUCAUGCUAUGAAAUGCUAUGUGAAUUCCAACGCGUAUGUCAGAUCCUAAAUUAUUACAGGCAGCAGUCAGACAGCAUAUGUAGGAAUUAAACGUAAAGCAUUUGUUAUUACUUCCUUUAAAAGCUAAAUGGCACAUAAGUUCCCCGUGAUGCCAGUAAAAAACAGACAUGUCCUGUGAUUGCGUGCCACAGUACCUACUUAGGUGUUUUGAGCCUUAAAAUCCUAACACGUAAGCAUAUUUGGGACCAAUGCAAUGAAUACAAUUUUAGUGAUUUCUUGCAUUCAUUUAUUACGUGCAAUGCGUAAACUUUUACGUUACAAAAUGUGAUUAUAUUCCUGUAAUAUUUAAGACAAACUUCAAUAAUUGUGUUGCAAAUUGAAUAUUAAUGUUUUUUUAUUUUUAUUUCAAAUGGAUGCAGUCCGUUAAAAUUGUUUCAUUUUUGCUAUUUCAAUGGAAUUAAAUUUUCUUGAAAAUUGGAAUAAAAUGAUUAUCAUCUUAAUAAAUCAACUUUGUAAUAUUAAAUCAAUACUUAUAGUUUCGAAAGAGGCACUAAGUAAUUUGAGCUGAUAUUUGAAGGCUACUCGAAUGACAAAUACCUCCAAGUAUUUUUACCCUUUAUUUAUACACUUUAUAAAAGUAAGUUAAUUCGUUUAAAAAAUGAAAUUAAAAGUCUUUUCUUUUUGGCUAUUCUGCAAUAUCAUAUUUUAUUUGAGAAUGGUUAGGCACAUGUGGUCAAUUUCCUCGGAUAACAGAAAGCAUUUUUAAUCAAUUUAUUGAUUUCAGACAAAAAAAUUUAUAUUAAAUUUUUGUCCCAAUACAAAAUUUACAUACAUUUUUAGAGGAGUUCCAUUAUAUCUUCCUUUUAAAAUCAUAAAAAUAUAUGCAUACAUUUUAUUAAAUGUUAAAACUUAUCACAAGAUUUACAGAACGUUAACAGAAAAAAGCUAGAUAAUUUCUUGAUACGAUUACACGUUUAGUAUACGGAAGAAUAAUUCUCGAGAAUUAUAUAAAAAAGUAAUACAUUUAUUCAAUAUUCUAAUGAUAAAGAACUAUCAAAACCUCCACUCAAAAGAAUCUUUCUUAUUUCUCUUAGCAACGAACACGUUAUUUUGGCAUACUUUUGUUUAAUUCCUGCUUCACAAUCUAUUUAAUCUCAUCUAAAAAAUGAUUUAAAUUUACUUUUAAGGUGGCAAGUUGGGAACUAACAAAUUCUUUAGAAUAGAGAAGUGUUUAUAAUUCUAUCAUGAUUGCCGGAAUUUAAUAUAACACUUCUUUUACUUUUAAAUUUCACUAAUUAAUUAUACAUAUUUGAAAGGUGUUAAAUUCUGCACUCUACACAUACUGUUAAGUUUUACUUAAUUACUUAAAUGAAUUAUCUUACUACACGAAAAUAGUUUAAAUUAUUAUCUUUGACAAUAAAUUUUUUAAUUUAUAUAUAAAGCCGUUUCAGUUAUAUCUCCUAUCUAGGCUUUUAUAUGAAACAUAGCCAUUAUUAAUCAUGCCAUUGUCUGCAUGAUAAAAAGCAACUUUUUCCUGAUUUUACUGAUAGAUAACUAAAUGUAGUACAUUUUAACUACACUUUCUGAAAAGGUGGUAUGCCUACUAACAGAGACGACGUAACUUCUGAUCUCCAAUUUUUUAAAACUGCGGAAUGCUGUAGUUCGCUUUCUAUGUGUUUCAGGCAUUGCCCCUCUUGUACCUUUACCCAUGAUUAAGAAAAUCCUAACUUCUGAUCUUGACUGAUUUAUAUGACUUGAAAGACAUGGUUAAUAGCUUUUCUGUUAAGUGUUUUAAAUGUUUUCAACAAGAUGACUUUUAUCGUUAAAUAUUUCAUCUAUGUUAACAGCAUCAAACUUAAUUUAACUAUUGAGCUAGAAACGGGUAUAAUUCCUAAAUACCAAACUCUAUCGAAAGUUAGCUUAUAUUUUCGUUAGAAACACCUUUUAAAAUUAACGUCUUUUUAUAAUUAUUGACAUAAAUAUAUAGAUUUUUUUUACUUUCUAUAUAAAUUUUUACAGGAUAAUCAGCUUUAUUCUGAAAAAAUUAAGAAAUACAUACUACUUCUAUUGAAACUGUAGACGACCACAUUUACUUAGAACUUGGGAAAGCUGUUUAAUUUAUUUCUUUAUUAGCCUAAACACCCUCAUAUUUUUAAAUUAAAAAUAUAAGUAUAGAAACAUUGUUUUAUUCUACAUAUAUAUGGACUAAGAACAGUUGCAUCCACUCAUUGAAUCACUGAUUCAAUAAAUCUAGAAUUCUAAAUGACUUCAUCAUUGCUAUGAUAUGCAGCUUACAAGGAGAAAGCUCUGUGGUUAUGGAACUAAUAUUUAUUUACUAUGAAUAGCUUUCUUUUCUUUUAUUUACUUACCUUUGUCAUAUCUAUCACAAUAUCAAUGUCCUUACCAGUGGUAAAUAAACUCCAUUCCAGUUAUUUUAAUUACGUAAUUCUCUAAUUUCUGAUGUAUGUAGUACCACUAACUUUCUUUUUAUACUGUUUGCAUAAAUGAAUUUCAUUAUUUUUAAAAAUAUAAAGUUUAAAGUGUCUUUCAUGUUAACUUCAAUGAUUUUUUUUUACUUCAUGUGUUUCAACUUUACUUUCCGAAUUUUAUAGUUUAACGAUCAAUAUGCUUUUGAUCAACAUUUUGCAAUAUGAUUUUGAUCAACCUUUUCCAUGGAAGGUUUGAUUAACUUAAUACUAAGCUACUCCUAAAUAUUAUUUUUUUUAUUCUGAAAAUUACUAUCAUUUCAUGCACAAUAGUUCAAGCUACAAAUCCUCCUCCUACAAUUAUGAGUUUCAAAUGAAAUAAUUGUUUAUUUUAAAUAGUAUUUAUGUAAUGCUAGUAAUGGAAAUAGCAGUAUAAAUAAUGUACCUUAUAUUCAGAAUAUACAGUACUACAAUUUGUCACACAAAAUAAAUAUUGUAGUGAUUAAUCUGCAGAAUUUAGAAUAACAGAAGAUCACAGUGGAAGUGUUGAGCAGCAUCAUGAAGCAUAACCUGAUGCUACUUUAUGUAUUUUUGUCUAAAAAUCUUAAUUUACGCAUAGAAAUUACUAUUGUGCAGCGUCUUGAACAGAAGAUCGGACAUGCUUGACAUCAGAUUUAUCAUACCUUCCUCGAAUAUAUUUUAUAAAAAUUUCAGGACUGAUCAAAUCCUAUGUGCUUUUUAAGUGAGUAGAAUCAGUUUAACAUAUUUUGCAAAUACCCUGUGAUGCUGGACUAGCAGAAGAAUUUGUAGAAAAGAAAGUCUGAAUGAUACUGUGUUAUAAGACACUCAUUAGCCAACUUUUUUUAUUUACUUAUGUACUGCCCUAAUGAGAGGAAGUUACAAUCACAUGUGGAUGAUAUGUGUCUCAAAUUUGUCAUUUUGCAUGAGAAUAUGAAAACAUGAACUUCAUUCUGAAGGCUUUUUUCAUCGGUGGCUUUACUUUGGACUAAUAUGAAGUUAAUUAGUUAAGACAUAAAUUAAAUUAAGUAAUUAUAAUUACCAGAAUAGAAUAGACAAAGAAGUAAAAUGAUCUUUUUCAUACUUCUUGCAACUGUCUCUACUUGUACAGUGGUCCGUCCAUAUGGUCUCGUCUAUUCCUUGUAAAUAUUUCCUGUGCAAAAUCCCUUCAUAGAUAUCCUUUAAUUUCGAAGGAAGAAACGGAAUGCAUAUAACGAGAGUUUAGGAAUAAAUUAAUAAAUAGUGAUGGGACGUUCAAACAAGACUUGAAUCUUCUCGGUUUUUCUGUUAUUCGAAUCUUUCAAGUCCUAUUCAAAAAGGCCAACAAACAUUUUAAUUCAUUAUUGACGUCAAAGAGAAGUAGACAUUAAAAAAUUAAUAUGGCUGUUGCCAUUUCAAUGGACCUGAAUGCAAACUCUUAAUUUUCGGGAAAGAAUUUAGCUUUCCAAGUUUAGUGUAUAUCUGUGUUAAUUCUUGAAAUAAUCUUUCCCUUUUACACUUGGUUUGGGUUGUACGGAUUAUGAGAAAAUAUAAAAAAUUUGAAAUGUUACAUAAAUAAACUUUUCAAAUUAUUUUUGAAAAAUUAAUCUAAAGAUACAAGAGUUUUCACUUUGAACUACUUUUGCUAAAUUUCAUUUAUAUCUUUUCAAUAAAUAUAGAUACCUUUCUAAAGGUUGUAUUCUGGCAUUCCUUAUUUCUUAUUCGCAGAUUUUAAAUUUUGCUUUAAUUAAAGCUUUUAAUAUUCAGUGAAAUCGUUUUCUCUUUUUUCUUAGUAAUAUGCUUAUACAAGGGAUUCGAAAGAUUUCGUAAUUUCGAGAACAAGAUUUGAUUUCAAAAAAAUUUAGGAUUUGUCCCAACUCCGUUAAUAAAGAUCAAAGUAAGAAUUAUGCCAUUAAGAGAAACUCAGUGAGCGCUAGAGCAAAAACCAGGUAGAGUGCCAAAUGAAAUUUUGUAAAAAUGUGCAAAGUGACGACAGUUUUGCUCUUCUGCUCCCUGUUAUAAGAAAGUAAGUUAUUAUAACAGUUCUCAUUAAAUUUAAGAGCUGUUAUAAUAAAUAUAAGAUAAUGAAAUAGUGUAUUGAUUGCGGUAUAAAAAUUGUUUAGACUAAACCAGAUACGUUGUAUAAAUGAAUCUAUUGGAUUAAACACUUUAUAAUAUCUAGAACACUUUUUUCCUGACAAUAUGCGCAUUCAGUAUUCAGUUAUUGCAAGAACUAGAAAUGAAGUGCAAAUUCCGAAUUGUAAAAUGUCCGAUAUUAAAGAACCAACAGAAUGUGAAUGAAUUAUGUAUCAUUUAGUAAUGCAAAAAACUUCAAUUUUUAGAACUUUAACAAGGUUCUAUAAAACGGUGUAAAUACUUUUAAUAUUAAUUCAAUGAUAAUGCUUUUUGAGGUUUUGAAGUGUGAAAAUGUCAAAAGCAUCUGUAAUAAUUUGGUACUGUCAAAGACUGUUGCUCACUGAAACUGUUCGUCCAUUUUCAUUUGCUGUUACACAUUCAAUUUCUGAAGGAAUGUAAUAAAAGUGUUUAUAUAUAACAGUUAUGAAAUAAAAUUUAUUAACAUAAA